AUGGUGAAUGUACUCGAGUGCGUCGUCAGUGGAACCGGCAGCCGGUGGAUGGUGGGAACGCUCAUCCUCACGCAUUUGAUAGCGUACAAUGAGUCGGGCGGUCCUGGGCUGAUGAUAGGGAUGGCUCUCGCUGCCCUGUAUGCCGCAUUUGCCGGAACGUGCAAAUCGGGCAUCAAAUCGUUACAGAUCUCCUACAUUCGCACCACGCACCGGGUCGACUUCUUCUGCCUGUUUCUCGCCAAGUGGAUGGACAUAUUGGCCCUGUUCUCAGCCUGUGCGGUGCUGGUGCGAACGUUAAGCUCCUGCCUGGAUGCCAUGACCGGUGGAUUGGCGCGGAUGUAUAUUUUAGGCCGCAACUCACCCGCCAACGAACCCUGGCCGGACGUCAUCGGUGUGGUGGUCAUCUUCAUCGUGACCGGGAUGUUUAUGCUGGGGUUGGAAAACACCCGAAUCUUUGGUUUGCUGAUGAUGGCGGGCGUGCUGCUCGUCGGUACACUGAUUGUCAUCAUCACGGGGCUGCGCGGCAAUCCGGCCCUGUUCCGUACCGAGCCGAUCCUUCCGAAGGGUGUGGUUGGGCUCCUUACCGGGACGGCUCUGUCAACGUUCACCUACUCGAACGAUUUACUAAACGGUAAUUACAUCAAACGUCUUCUGGGAUUGGUCGUUAUCCUGCUAGUUUUACUAUCGAGCGAACUAGUCGGUGCGUGCUUAACGAUGCUGAUAAAAUUCAGCUCUAGCCACGACUACGAAGCCGUCCCGAUACUGUCCAUCCUGGAGCUGAAGGACUUUCACAAGCUAAUCCCGGCCGUUGCCUGUCUGCUCGUGCUCACCUGUUCCGGCGCCCUGCUCGAGCUGUUCCCCGAGAUGUACACCCAAAUCGUGCAGCUGACAACGUCCGACUGGCGCAUACUGGCGAAACAGAUCGGGUACGAAAAUCGGGACAGUGGCAGCCCCACGUUGACGAUCUUUACCGGUGGCAGUUUGUGUGCCAUGCUGGCGUUCGCCUGCCCGCUCGAGAAUCUCACGUACAUACUGGCGGCGAGCAACGUGCUGGCCACGUUGCUGAGAUCGUUCCACUUCCUUUACCUACCGUUCCGGCCACACUAUCUCGAACAGCAAAAUGACUCAAGCCUUGGAUACAGCCGGUUGAACACGGGCAAACCUUCCACCACCUCCGGGUCGUCCAACGGCACCAGCAACGGUCUUCGUGUUGGACGCCGACUCGACCGUCUGUGGUGCUUCAAAUCGUCCAACUUUUGUACCACGACCAAGGCGGCCCUGGCGCACCACAUGCUUCCCGGGAGUCGUGGCCCAAUGGCACACUCGAACGGCUCCAACCGGGAGGAACACGAGCGGGAGUGGUUACUGCUGGGUGAACCAUCCUCCCCGAAGGGCCCACCGCACAGUCCACCGGGAAGUGCGGUCGAGUCAACCGUACUGUCCGACCAAAUCUCCGACAUCGAGUGUAUUGCGUUGGCCAAACCGGAGAACAUGGACAGCGAGGAUAGCUCCACGGACAUCGAUGCGAUUGUGGACGAGUACCGGCAGAAGGUGACCGUCUCGACGGCAGGCUAUACAUCCGACGGUGAUACGUUAAGGCUGCCCACCGCGAACAGCUGGUACUUGGCGAUCAUUUUCAUCGUGCUGAUCGUGCUGGGAAGCGUUAUAACAGCGUCCGGAUUAAUGCUGUGGGACACGAUCAUGAUCGUUGCCGGUGUAAAUGUGGUUUUCAUUCCAGCGACCAUCCUGCUGCUAUUUCCGCGCUACGAUCAAGCGAAUUCCACACCGACCGCGCCGGCCAUGAUGACCUGCGUCAUAACCGUGCUAGGAUCGUUCAUCCUAUUCUCCGCCUCUUUUGCCCAGUCCUGGCCAGCGUUACUGUUGUGGUUUAUGGCAGGACUGUUCCUAUUUAUCCGGUGCGAUACCUGGUGCUGCUUGUGUCUGGAUCGACCCGGCAGCGGUCAGACCACGCUCAUCACCAGCAUGUCCACCGCGAAGACGACCACCAUCCGCGUGCCCCGUCCACCGAAGGGUGCCAUCAUACAGGCACGCAUUGCCGGCCACAGCUGA